AUGGACUGGACACCUCUCGCCGAGAAAGACGCCUUCUUGGAACUCUACCCAUCCGACUUUGGUGACCAAGCAAGCACAUGCACGAGACCCAUCUGCCGGAAAAGCCACCGACGGGGCAUGGCCCGCGAUGCCAAUGCCCAUACCGAAGCCGAAGCGGAAGCGGUCAUCCGCAUCGACUUCAAACCCAUCGUCGAGAAUCUGCGUGAAGCAGUGCAUCUGGCUAUUGCUCACGAGAACACGCAGCCUGUCUUUCGCAAAAGACUCGAACCAGGCAAGCGCCAAGCUCGAACGUCAUCGAAGCCGAAGCCCAACUCCAAGAUCAGGAUCAAAGCCUCCACCAACAUGAAUAUAGUGGCUUAG